AUGGCACUCACCCGCCCGCUUCCUCCGCUGUGGCAGACGCUGCUGCCGGGCCUCAAUGGCCCAAUGCGGCCCAUCCUGAACACACCAUUCCUGCAACGCCUUUCACAACCCUUCGGCGCAAUCAACACACCAUUCGGCGCGCUCGCGAUACCGUCACUAUCACUCCCCUCAAUACCGUCGCUAUCCGACAUCUGGGAUGGCAUACUCAAUGCAGUACCCAAGAAGAAGACGUCAUACCGCAAGAAGCGCCAACGGUUCAUGGCGGGCAAGGGACUGAAGGAUAUCACAUCGCUCAACACAUGUUCUGGGUGCGGAAGAGUCAAGCGCCUGCACAUCCUAUGUCCAUACUGUGUGGAUGCCAUCAAGACCAACAUCUUCGGCCAGCUCAACUGGGCCAUCCGCCGACCCACCGAUAAGCAAGUGAAGCAGAUGGCCAAGGAGAAGCGCGGCGACGUGCAGCGAUCGCGAACCAUACUACCCGAUCCAAGGAAGGCAAAGGAGGAGCAAAUAUUGAAGCAUACAGGUUGGAAGAGAUGA